AUGGAGAAGCAAGCUGGAAAUAAGUAUAAGCGGAUUUAUUCCUAUGGGAGUAUGAGUUCGAGAAGUGAUGACGACAUGGUGGUACACAGCCAGUUGUUCCCUUACCACAAGAAAAUGGUUGUAGAAAGGGAGAUAUUGUAUGAAGAAGAACAUCCCCCAUUUCAGCCAUUGAUUGCCACAACGAGGUUAUUUGGAAAGGCGAGGUUUACUUGCCUACUGCUGUUCUACGUGGUCUUCUACAUCGUCUACUUGGCAUCAGGGGCUCUGGUCUUCUCAGCAUUGGAAGCUCCCAUGGAGAAUCAGAUACGGCUUGAAUUGAUACGGGCUAAGCAAGACUUUUUGACUAAAUAUCCGGAUAUUAUAGACGAUGACCUGGAGCUGUUGCUGGAUGAAGUGGUGCGCGCGAGCAACCGCGGCGUGUCAGCUUCGAGGAACAUCACUGGAGGACCGAACUGGAGUUUUGGACAGUCGCUGUUCUUCUCAUCCACUGUUGUUACUACCAUCGGCUAUGGCCACGUGACUCCCCUCUCGAAGCCUGGCAAGCUGUUCUGCAUGAUGUACGCGCUGCUCGGUAUACCGCUGACGUUGGUGCUGCUCUCAGCCCUGGUGGAGCGCCUACUUCUACCAGCAACUGCCUUACUACGCUCUCUCAAUGCUGCGCUCGGACAUCUGUACCGACCCUUCACUAUACGUCUAGUUCAUCUUAUGAUUAUUGUGACAACUCUCGUGCUAUUCUUCCUGGUGGUACCAGCGUGUGUGUUCGCCUACGUCGAGCCUGACUGGGACUUCCUGGACUCGUUCUACUAUUGCUUCAUAUCCCUCACUACCAUCGGACUGGGCGACUACAUCCCUGGCGAUUCCCCCGGACAACCCUACCGACCUCUCUACAAAGUUGCUACCACUUUCUACCUUCUCAUCGGCCUGACAUUCCUGAUGCUGACACUGACGGUGUUCUACGACAUUCCGCAACUGAACCUAAGCACGGUGUUCUCAUCUGUGAAGAUGGACGAUGACCCGGAGAAGAUGAGGCUUAGCGGCUCUGGGGUAAUGGGACCUGGGUAUGGGAUUGGUGGGCUGGUGAUGCGGGAUGACUAUAAUCACCACGACCAGCGCCGCUCCGUCGUCCAUAUCCGACCACACCUGGACGACAGCCCCAGUCCCGAGGACACCACGCCCGUACAUGCCCGCGAUAUACGAGUACACUAA